UGUUAGAAGAAGGCAAACGACCACCAUAUGGACCCAUAUAUGGAUUGUCUCAAAUCGAGUUGAAAGCACUACGGGAAUAUCUUGAUGAAAAUUUACCCAAAGGAUUUAUUCGGGCUAGUGAGUCACCAGCGGGAGCACCUAUAUUGUUCGUAAAGAAAAGCGAUGGAACCCUUCGACUUUGUGUUGACUAUCGAGGUUUAAAUGCAAUUACAAUCAAAAAUCGGUAUCCAUUACCAUUGUUAAAGGAAACCCUGGCUAAGCUGUCGAGAGCACAAUACUAUACCAAGUUGGAUUUACGUUGGGGAUAUAAUGAGAUCAGGAUAGCGGAGGGAGAUGAAUGGAAAACGGCAUUCAGAACUCGAUAUGGACAUUUCGAAUAUACAGUAAUGCCGUUUGGAUUAGCGAAUGCCCCUGCUACAUUUCAACAUUGGAUCAAUGAUAUUCUACGACCUUACCUCGAUCAAUUUGUGACGGCAUAUUUGGUUGAUAUCCUUAUCUAUUCCGAAACUUUAUCAGAACAUAAAGAACACAUCCGAAAGGUUCUAAAGGUACUUGAUGAGAAUCAUGUUCACCUUAAACCUGAAAAAUGUGAAUUUAUG